ACACGUGUCCCGUUUAGAUGCACGAGAAGCGACCAGACAGUGUCAUACCCUCCCUACUACCGAGCCAGUUUAACCAGUACCGAACCAGUAUCAGCAGACUGGACCGCUGUGAGCAUGCUGAGUCAACUGGGCCUGAUCGGGACCAUCCAGGACGAAGACGACGUUCCGCUGGAGGCGUCCGAGUCUGAGGAAGAAGAAGAAGAACCCAUCGUCUUGAACAGGAAGAAGAAGUUAGGUCAUGGAUCAGGAGACUUUAAUGCAGGCUUUGAAUUUGGAGAGAGAGAUGCUCUUGAGGACGGCGACUGGCCCAUGGCAGACGUGAUGGCCCAGCUGAAGAAGAAGAGAGCCCCCACCACACUGGAUGAGAAGAUUGAGAAGGUCCGGAAAAAGAGGAAAGCUGAGGAGAAGGCAGCAUCGGCACCUUCAAUAGACACAAAACCUGGAGGACCGGAGGAAACUGAGGAAGAAGAUAAGGAAGGUGAAGAGGAGGAGGAGGGGGAGGAGGAUGCAGAGUUUGAUUCUGGUGAUGAAGAGGUCCUGACUAAAGCAGACACCCUGAGGGAAAAAGCUCGGAGAAAAAAGAAGGCAAGAGAGGAGGCUGCAGAGACAUUCUUUGAAGAUGCUUCAAACUAUGACGACAAGCUGGCCUUUCACGAUAUGAACCUCUCCAGACCGAUACUAAAGGCUAUCGCUGCGCUGGGCUUUAAGGAGCCGACUCCCAUUCAGCAGGCGUGUGUUCCUAUUGGUCUGCUGGGCAGAGACCUGUGUGCCUGUGCCGCUACUGGGACGGGGAAGACUGCAGCCUUCAUGCUGCCGGUUCUGGAGCGUUUAAUUUACAAGCCAGGGGAGACUCGGGUGACCCGGGUCUUGGUUCUGGUGCCCACCAGAGAGCUGGGAAUCCAGGUCCACUCUGUGGCGCGCCAGCUGGCCCAGUUCACCACAGUCACCAUAUGCUUGGCCGUUGGUGGGUUGGAUCUGAAGUCUCAGGAAGCGGCUCUGCGGGCGGGUCCAGAUGUUCUGAUAGCAACACCUGGUCGUCUGAUUGACCACCUGCACAACACCCCUUCCUUCCAACUGGGCAACAUAGAAAUCCUCAUUCUGGAUGAGGCUGACAGGAUGUUGGAUGAGUAUUUUGAGGAGCAGAUGAAGGAGAUCAUCAGGAUGUGUUCUUACCAGAGACAGACCAUGUUGUUCUCUGCCACCAUGACAGAGGAGGUGAAGGACCUGGCCUCGGUGUCGCUGAAGCAGCCAGUCAGGAUAUUUGUGAACAGCAACACAGACGUGGCUCCAUUCUUACGACAAGAAUUCAUCAGAAUUCGAGCCAACAGAGAAGGCGACCGAGAGGGUGUAGUAGCUGCUCUGCUCACUAGGACCUUCCAGGACCACGUCAUGGUCUUCACUCAGACCAAGAAGCAGGCACACAGGAUGCACAUCCUGCUGGGCCUCAUGGGGCUGAAGGUGGGAGAACUUCAUGGUAACCUGAGCCAGACCCAGAGACUGGAGAACCUCAGACGAUUUAAAGAUGAGCAGAUUGAUGUCUUGGUGGCAACAGACGUGGCAGCCAGAGGUCUGGAUAUAGACGGAGUCAAAACAGUGAUAAACUUCACCAUGCCCGGCACAGUGAAGCACUACGUCCACAGGGUGGGCCGUACAGCGAGGGCGGGACGAGCAGGACGCUCGGUGUCUCUGGUGGGAGAGACGGAGAGGAAGAUGCUGAAGGACAUCGUCAAGACUGCCAAGAGCACCGUGAAGGCCAGAGUCCUACCAGCAGAGGUGGUCUUGAAGUUUAGAGACCACAUCUCCAGACUGGAGAAAGACAUUUACGCCGUCAUGAAGCUGGAGAAAGAAGAGAGACAGAUGGCUGCUUCAGAGGCCCAGAUCAGUGCAGCCCAGAAACGUCUGUCACAGCCGGAAGAGGUCCCUCAGAGAACCUGGUUCCAAACCCAACAAGAGAGGAAGAAGGACAGAAUGGCGAAGGCGCUGCAGGACUUUGACCUCGCUCUGAGAGGGAAGAAGAAGAGAGAGAAGUUUCUGAAGGAGGGGAAGAAAAAGCCGCUGACACCAGAUGAGCGAGCCCAGUUUGAGAUGCUGAAGGCUCAGAUGUAUGCUGAGAGGGCGGCCAAGAGAGAGAGACGACCCAAGAGAGCGAGGGCCAUGGCUGAGGAUGAGGCCCCCCCUAAAGCAGCCAAUCAGAAGGCCAGUAAACCAGCAAAGAGGUCUGUGUUUGAUAAAGAGCUGACAAAUACCAGCAGCAAGGCCCUGAAACACUACAGAGCAGGGCCUUCCUUUGAGGAUCGGAAACAGUUGGGGAUUUCUAACAAAAAAGGAGGAGGACGGUUCAAAUCUAAAUCCAGGUUCAGGAGAAAGUGAGGCUCCGUCCUGCUGGGUGGAAUAUCUGGAGACGGCUGACCAGAUCAGACUAGAUCGGAUCAGACCUGUUUUGGAAGGCUGCUGCCCUGACAGCUUCUAGAACAUGUUUGAACUUUGUUUUACAUGUCGCAUUCUGAGUUUUUGUUUUUUAAGAUCUUAAUAAAGUUUUGAGGACUUGAUUGUAUCCAGCCUGAAGAGGAGCAGACUGCAUGACAAGUCCAGUUCAUUGGUUGGCAACGUAAAACUUUAUUUGAUUUUGUUUUUCUCAUUAUAUGUCAUAAGUUACAUUUCAAGAUUUAACAACUUCAGUUCAUUUUUGCCAUGUGGCCACCAUGUAUCCCUGUGAUGUCAAUAAAGAUGAA